UUUAAGAUAACAAGUAUGGCGAGAAGAUGAUGAGUAUAAAAAUUGAAUUGAUACACUCGAAAUUUUGAUUCACAAUCAUGAAGUUGUUAAUAGUGUUACUCGCAGUGGUUGCUGGUGCUUUAGCUGCCAACAUACGAGGGAAGAGUCAUAAUGGAUUACGAUCUAUACUCGUUGAACAAGGUGUAAUCCGCUCAAAAGAAUUUAGACGUCGUGAUAUUGGCACACGAAUUGUAGGAGGCAAUCCUGGAGAUAUCAACCAAAUCCCAUAUAUUAUUGCCUUGCAUGAAAUCGGAUGGGGUCAAAUCUGUGGCGGAGUUAUUAUUACUGCUACUCGAGCUUUAACUGCAGCCCAUUGUACAGAAUGGUUCCCCGAAUAUCCGCUAGAAGUCCAGGCUGGUUCAAAUAACAUUCACACAGGUGGACAAAGAGUGCUUGUUACCGCUGCCAUCGAUCAUCCGCAAUACGAUGAUUGGACAUUAGACAAUGACAUCUCAGUUCUAUAUCUAGCUGGAGCACUGAAUUUAGCACUUCCCGGUAUAGCUACAAUUGCAAUGCCAGCACAAGGAGCCGGGACGGCCGUUGGUACAUCUGCAAGAGUAUCUGGUUGGGGUGCUUUAUACGAAGGCCAUCCAGGCGUAGACUAUUUGCGUUAUGUAUUCGUACCUGUUAUAUCCAAUGCAGAUUGUAACGCACUGAACGGUGGAGGUAUUACAGCAGGCAUGAUUUGUGCAGGUUUUCCCGAGGGUGGUCGAGACGCAUGUCAAGGCGAUUCAGGUGGUCCAUUGACAGCUGGCAAUCAAGUUAUCGGUGUUGUUUCCUGGGGAUGGGGAUGUGCUAGACCAAAUUCCCCGGGAGUGUACGCUCGAGUUUCAUAUUACAGAAACUGGAUCGAUAGUAAUCUAUAGACAAGUUGAAUGUAUUGUGUUUCUAUUUGUUUUUCGUUUGUUUUACUCCGUGAAAGAAAUUGAAAAAUAAAUGGGUUCUUGACUGCAAACAACA